AGGCCCCCACCUCUUUCAGAAUGACGCUGGACGUGGGGCCGGAGGAUGAGUUACCGGACUGGGCAGCGGCCAAGGAGUUUUACCAAAAGUACGAUCCUAAGGACGUCAUUGGCAGAGGGGUGAGCUCUGUGGUCCGCCGUUGUGUUCACCGAGCCACUGGCAACGAGUUUGCAGUGAAGAUCAUGGAAGUGACAGCCGAGCGCCUAAGUCCCGAACAGCUGGAGGAGGUGCGAGAAGCCACUCGGCGAGAGACGCACAUCCUGCGCCAGGUCGCCGGCCACCCCCACAUCAUCACUCUCAUCGAUUCCUACGAGUCUUCUAGCUUCAUGUUCCUGGUGUUUGACCUGAUGCGGAAGGGAGAGCUGUUUGACUAUCUCACAGAGAAGGUCGCCCUCUCAGAAAAGGAAACCAGGUCCGUCAUGAGGUCUCUGCUGGAAGCAGUGAGCUUUCUUCACGCCAACAAUAUCGUGCACCGAGACCUGAAGCCUGAGAAUGUUCUCCUGGAUGACAACAUGCAGAUCCGACUUUCAGAUUUUGGGUUCUCCUGCCACUUGGAGCCUGGCGAGAAGCUGCGAGAGUUGUGUGGGACCCCGGGGUAUCUAGCACCAGAGAUCCUUAAAUGUUCCAUGGAUGAAACCCACCCAGGCUACGGCAAGGAGGUCGACCUCUGGGCUUGCGGGGUGAUCCUGUUCACACUCUUGGCUGGCUCCCCACCCUUCUGGCACCGGCGCCAGAUCCUGAUGCUGCGCAUGAUCAUGGAGGGCCAGUACCAGUUUAGUUCACCUGAGUGGGACGACCGUUCAGACACCGUCAAAGACCUGAUCUCGAGGCUGCUGCAGGUGGAUCCCGAGGCACGCCUGACGGCCGAGCAGGCCCUGCACCACCCCUUCUUCGAGCGCUGUGAAGGCAGCCGGCCCUGGAACCUCAGCCCCCGCCAGCGGUUCCGGGUGGCGGUGUGGACAGUGCUGGCUGCUGGACGAGUGGCGUUAAGCAUGCAGCGCAUACGGCCCCUGACCAAGAGUGCGCUAUUGAGGGACCCUUAUGCGCUGCGGCCAGUGCGGCGUCUCAUCGACAGCUGUGCCUUCCGGCUCUAUGGGCACUGGGUGAAGAAGGGCGAGCAGCAGAACCGGGCAGCCCUCUUCCAGCACCGACUCCCAGGGCCUCUUCCUGCCACAGGCCCCGAGGAGGAGGGGGACUCAGCUGCUAAUCCAGAGGCUGAGGCUAUGCUGGUGCUGGGCUAGGGCCUCAGCCCUGGGGAGUUCCAGGAAGAACUCUCCCGGAGGAGGAUUUUCAUCACUUAGCCCCUUUGGGCUCUGGCGGGAAGCCCCCAUGCCUGGCCAGACCUACCACUGAUCAUGCUACUAUCAUAAAGACCAACCCUGCACACCUGCUCCCACUAGCCAGGGCUGUGAGAUCAGAGCUGGGGUGGAAGGGAGCCACCUGGAAGGUCAUGCCCGGCCUCAUCAGUGCUACCUG